AUGUAUCGCCUAGAGGAGAUGGAUUUGCAUGAGGAGGUGUCCAAUCGCAACAAUUUGCCUGAAGAGGAUAUCAGCAUAACUGGUGUAAACUCGGCACUCAGUACCAAAGACCGGUCGUAUUUCAUUGAUCUUUGUGAAAGAUGCGACAAUGCUGAAGAUGCACGAAAGAUUCUCAGCCUGUUCGAUACGAUUUCGGAUGAUGAUGUCGAUCUUCUUGCACCUACUUUACCGAUAUUAGCUGCCCGUCAAUGGCCUAUUCUCAAUGAUCGAAUUAAAGAAGUGGUGAUGAAAUUCAUCAACUUUACAAGCAGCCGUCUUGUACGAAAAGCGGCGAUUGCUGCUCUACGGUGCUUAGUUCCAGUUGAUAGCUCCAAAUCAUGGAGCGAAUUCUUUGUCCUGAUUAAUGCACUUGACGAGCCUCAAUUUCAUUUGGUUGAACCGGCAUUGACGAAGUUUGAUCUGCUGUUGAAUGAUUGUUUAGAAAGUGCAACUGAAGAUGGCGUCACAGUACGUUGGAUUCAAGUACUCUUCAUGAAGGCAAUUAUCCAUUCGAAUGGCUGGAUUAUUGUAACACAUCUGCUGCCUGCACUCAAUGGUAACGAUGUAUUAUGGCGUUUAAUUGAUAGUGGCCAGCUUGAAAAGUUCAUUGUUGAUUUGGGAACCUUCUUAGAAGAAGUCGCAUCGAAUAUAGUUAUUUACAAACGAAGCCAGGAGCUGCCACUAAAUUUCGUUGAAAGUGUUCGUGAACAUAUAGGAGCACGAAUUUUUGCCAUGGAAGGAACGGGAGAGGGGACGAAAAAUAUGGUGGGAGAAGGGAGAGAUAGAACCGAUUUGGUGAUGAAGGGAGACGAGAAGAAUGGAAUGAAGGCAGUUGAUGCGAAAUUGAAGGAAUGUACGGCGAAAGAAUAUGUUGCAAAUGAAGUCAAUAAGAAUUGCGCAUAAAUUUUUGACGCACUGUAUAAGCGACUUUUUGCGGUCGGAUUCGGAGACGGAAAUAACUGGAUUCCGUUAGCAUUGCAGAAGAUCGAAGAGGGAAUUAAUGAUGCUAAACAUGCAGUGUUGCUAACCUUCAUAAAUGCACAACUUGCUGCUAUGAAGUCGAUUCCAAUUAAAUUUGACGAAUGUGUGGGGAAAUAUUUGAAGGAACACUUGAAGAAUGAAAAGCUGACAUGUAUGAAUCAUGAUCGGGAUUCCAUAUGGGAAACAUUAGUAACGAAUAAACUCAAAUUAUUUCUCCAGUUUCAACAGAUUCCUGAAUUGUCUUUGGAAGACUUAUUUCAUAAUUGCACGAGUGGGUUGAACUCAUCGUCUUCUUGGGAUUGUCAGUUGGUGCAGCUCGACGUGAUCAGCGCACUUCUUCCAAGGAUAGAUAAUGUUGGUAAGGUUAUCGAAGCAGUCAGAUCUUGUGCAGUUGUCGUUGAAGAAUGCAAAAAUUCUCGUCAUUAUUUGGCUGCAAUUAAGAUUUUGCUCAACAUAUGUAUUAAUGGAAGGAUGCUCUCCAUGAUUGGAGGCAAUCGAAACUACACGGAUGUAAUCGAGCGUUUAAAAGAAAGAGCUGAGCGUAAUGAGGAGGUAGCAUUCGCCAUAUGUGAAGCAUUGGAUAAUGUUGAUGAGCAUUUGAAUGAAGAAUGGAUAGCAUUAAUUGUUACUCUUAGUUGUUAUGUAUCUGCAUCGAACAAGCACAAUCAUGUUCUUCAUAACGCAUACAAAAUGGCAUAUUCUUCCCCAUACGCCGCUUUCCUACCCACUUCACCGGCACAACAGUAA